AUGGUGUUGUGGGUGGAGGUGGGUGCCUGGACAUACCACUAUAGUGACCAAGGGGACUACAUGUGGGAGCAGGCCAGGAAUUACUGCCAGACCUUCUUCACUGACUUGGUGGCGAUCCAGAAUAAGCUGGAAAUCGAGUACCUCAACAGGACCCUGCCCUUCCAUGCGCGCUACUACUGGAUUGGCAUCCGCAAGCUGGGUGGCACCUGGACCUGGGUGGGCACCAGGAAGGCACUGACGAAGGAGGCUGAGAACUGGGCAGUUGGGGAGCCCAACAACCGCCGCUCCAACCAGGACUGCGUGGAGAUGUACAUCAAGCGGCCGCGGGAGUCGGGCAAAUGGAACGAUGAGCCCUGCAGCCGGCGGAAGAAGGCACUGUGCUACCGGGCCUCCUGCCAGCCCUUCUCAUGCAGCCAGCAUGGAGAGUGUGUGGAAACCAUCGGGAGCUACCGCUGCGAGUGCUACCCUGGCUUCCACGGCCCUGAGUGUGAGGAUGUUGUGCAGUGUGCCAAGCUGGAGCCCAAGGGAGUGCACAUGAACUGCAGCCAUCCCUACAAAGACUUCGGCUACAACUCUACCUGCUUCUUUGAGUGCCAGGAGGGGUUCAAGCGGCAAGGGGCAGCCAUGCUGCAAUGCCUGCCCUCCCAGCAGUGGUCAGCAAACACCCCCAUGUGCACAGCUGUCCUAUGCCCAUUGCUGGCCGGCCCUAAAAGGGGCUGGGUUAAUUGGUCACACACAUACACACAGGGCAUGUUCACCAAUAGAUACCUCUGGGGAUUCUCCAUCACCUGCCCAGUGCUCAGCCCAGAGAGCCGUGAGUGCACAGCCACAGGGACGUGGACGGGGAAUGCUGCACACUGUGAAGCCAUCACCUGCCCAGUGCUCAGCAUUCCAGACUGGGGAGAGCUGAACUGCUCCCACCUCCAUGGACAUUUCUCCUUUGGCUCCACAUGUGCCUUCUCCUGUCCAGACUGGGGAGAGCUGAAUUGCUCUCACCUCCAUGGAGAUUUCUCCUUUGGCUCCACAUGUACCUUCUCCUGCCAGACAGGGUUUGCACUGGUGGGGUCAGACAGUCGCAAGUGCACAGCCACAGGGACAUGGACAGGGGAUGCAACACGAUGUGAAGCUAUUGCCUGCUCAGUGCUCAGUGCUCCAGACCAGGGAGAGCCACCAGAGCAGGGAGAGCUGAAUUGCUCCCAUCUCCAUGGCAACUUCACCUUCGGCUCCACAUGUGCCUUCUCCUGCCAGAGAGGGUUUGUGCUGAUGGGGGCAGAGAGCCGUGAGUGCACGGCCAUGGGGACCGACUGUGAGUGCAUGGCCACAGGAGUCUGGACUGGGGACACACCACGCUGUGAAGCUGUUGCCUGCCCAGUGCUCAGUGCUCCAGACCGGGGAGAGCUGAACUGCUCCCAUCCCCACAGAGACUUUGGCUUUGGCUCCACAUGUGCCUUCUCCUGCCAGACGGGAUUUGCACUGGUGGGAUCAGACAGUCACAAGUGCACAGCCACAGGGACAUGGACAGGGGAUGCAACACGCUGUGAAGCCAUCAAAUGCUCAGCACUGACCACCCCCAAGAUGGGCCAGGCUGCAUGCUCCCACCCCUAUGGAGACUUCACCUUUGGCUCCACGUGUGCCUUCUCCUGCCAGAUGGGGUUUGUGCUGAUGGGGCCAGAGAGCAUUGAGUGCACGGCCAUGGGGACCUGGACUGGGGACACCCCACAAUGCAAAGCCAUCAGCUGUCCAGUGCUGGACCCCCCCAGCAGAGGCCAGCUGAGCUGCUCUCACGUGCAUGGGAACUUCACCUACAACUCCACGUGCACCUUCUCCUGUGAGGAGGGGUUUGUUCGGAUGGGAGCAGAGGUGCUCUGGUGCGAGGCUACAGGAAACUGGACCAGUCAUCCCCCAGUCUGUGCAGAGGAUGGUGCCUUCUUAAAGGAAGUCCUGGCUUACAGCAGUGGCACAGCCCUGGCAGUAGCUGGUGUUGUGCUGUCUGGGGGUCUCAUUGCCCUCCUUGUCAAGCGGCUCAGUGAGAGAGAGGAGAAGAAGAGGCUUCUGAACCCCACUAGCGAUCUAGGAUCGCCGGGCACCUUCACCAACGCAGCCUACGAUGCCAACCUGUGA